AUGUUCAAGAGUUCAUACUUCCUAGAGGAAAUGGGCUUCCAGGCCUCGACUUCCCUUACACCGAUCAGAGAUUAUGAUAAUGAUUAUUUCCACAGAGACGAUGACAAACUACCCAUGACGAAUAGAUUUCUCUACGGUAAGCCUAAAACCUAUGGAGAGAGUGCAAGGACAUCAAUAAAGUCCUGUAAGAGGCCAGCAAGUCUAGUUCUUUGUGAGCAGACUGAAACUUCAAAUAAAAAGCAGUACUCGCCCUUAAACUUAAGGAAUUUUACAGAUGUGAUAAAUUUAAAUCAAGAUAAUGAACAUAGUCCGAAAGAGCCUGCUCAGGAAUUUUUUAGCAUUGUGAGACAUCUGUUUGAGUCCGAGACCGCGUAUGUUGAAACUAUGGAAACUUCAAUUGAUGUAUACAGAAGAACGUUAAACGAAAACAGGUCUUUUAGAAAUAGGUUAAUUCAGCAGGACUCUCAUGAUGAGGUGCUUCUCUUUGGGAACAUUGAGACUAUAUCAUCGAUUAGCAGACUAUUUCUGUCUGUUAUAGAAAACAGCCUCACUUCUGGCAAUCCACUUAGGACGGUAGACGACAAAUUCUGGGAUGAGCUGAACAGUAUUUCGGCCUUGCAGGAUCGCCUGCUACAGCAGUUUGAUAUCGGCAAAGCUUUCAAUCUGCAUUUCCUUCGGAUAAAGUCAACGUAUCUGUCAUAUUCGGUAACCCAUGGUAAACAAAAGGAGCUUCUUGAGCUUUUACGGGCAGGCAAUCCACAGCUUUUUCAGAAAUGGUAUGAUUGUUGUAUGAAAUCUGCAAAUACAAUGAGACUAGAAGCUAUUUUUGAGAGACCAAUUAAACGACUAAAGGAAUGGACCGAGAUACUGGUUCAACUGCUUGCAUCAUCACAGAAUCUUUUGAGUGAGCAUUACUGUACUAAUGUUUCUAACGCACUCAACCAGUAUGAAUCUUUCAUCAGAGACGUCACCAAUGAAACUAAAGAAUUUGAUAACAAUGCGAUGUAUGAUUUUAGCCUUACCCCCAGUGAGAUAAUACAGAGUUAUGGACCUGAGUCGAAGUUUGAGAGGAAAACUCUCAAGAGUACAGUGAAAUCUGCACCUCGCAGCUCACUGCAAGAACUCGAUAGUGUUUUAUUGUGUGUUAAAACUCCGAAAAGAGAGAGUCGAAACACUACUAGCAGAUCUAACUCGAUUUUCUCAGGCUCAUCAAGUCGUUAUUCAGGUGAUUCCACCAUCGUACCACUCUCAGAGGCUAAUUUGAUUCUGUCAAGCUCGGAAUCUCAUCUGCGAGCCGAAACUGCGGUUGAUCUUACCCUUGCAGAUCAUGUAACGAAACUCAAAAGGGCCCAUCGGGGCUUGCUAGCAUUCAAAAACGUUAUUGGCAAGGAGGAUAUGCUCUCCAUUUUGGAUAUCAAUUUAAAGCAUGCUAAGUUGUGGGAGGCGGUAAUCGACCGUCGAGCUGACUUAAACCCCAUAGUUUCCUCAGAUGAAGGAUCUAAAUCUCGGAUUUCUAUGUACAGCUCACACAUUGAAAGAUUACAGAAGCAGCGGGAAGAAGCUAUUAUUAUGAAAGUCGACGAAAUGGAGAGAUCGGUCAAAGGUCCACUUUCUAUGAUUAUCUGUCAUUGUGAGUGCGUAAGAUCUCAUUUGAGAGAUCUGAAUGCGCUCAAGAAGGAUUAUCUGUCCUAUCUACGGGAGAGAAAGUCAUCUGCGCACGAUGUUAAGAGGGAUAUUCUGGGAAAGCACUUUGAACAAAUGCAGGCCAAGAUGCUUCAUGAGCUGCCGAAAUUUAUUGAGCUGGCUCAUAAGAUUAUUGAAGCUAUAAUAUUGAAUUAUCACAGAAAGAUGCUGAGAUAUCUGGAAAUAUCGGCCGGGGGAGAGAAGUCUCUGAUAGAUGACCUCGAGUUGCUUGGGGGUUUAAAGAGGGACGUUGGCAAGAAUCUCGAUAUCUUAGAAAACUACUCAGCUUCCCGGUAUCGUAUCAAAAGAAUGGUGAGAGAUGACUGGCAAUUUGCUCAAGAUCAAACGGCAAGCAGAGUCCUUCGCAAACUCUUUGAGCUUUAA